CACAAAAUGAAACGAAGAAGAAGUGGUCGGCUGCAGAUGACGCACUAAGCGGUGGACACGCCGUCGUGUUUACAUCGUGUCUCUUUGUUUACCUCGUUUGUCCGGUAGAAAACAGGUGAAAUGUGACUUUAGUUCAUAAAUACUGAAUCUGUUCCCAGCGUCCACAUGGACUUCUGUCGGAAAGAGGUGAAGUCGGACUGUGAGCAGCUGCUGAGCCGCUUCCAGCGAACCGGGUCGGUCCGCUUCGAGAUUUUCUCCAGACUGUGGCGGGAAAUGAAGUUCUCACACAUUUUCUACGGCACUGCGGGGCAUCAGAAGCGAGCGUUCAGUCACCUGAUCCUGGACACGGCCCGCAGCUUCUUCCUGCCUCCGUUCAGCUUCCAGAUCAGAGUUGGUGGACUUUAUCUGCUGUACAGCUUGUAUCAGUGUCAGACCGCAGAACCCAAAGAGCAGAUCCGUCUGGCUCUGAAGGACUGGGAAGACGUUAAGAAGUUUGAGAAGAACGCUGUGGACGCUCAACACCACGACACCGUUUAUAUUCUGCAGCAGCUGAUGCUCCUCAAAGCUUUCUACUUCACUGCCAUGCCCAGUCAGCUCGUCUUCAAGAAGAAGAAGAAGAUGGAAAAGUCGGUGUUAUGCGAAGAGUUCAUUGAGCGAGCGUCUCGUCCACAGGAGCUGAUAACCAUCGAUCUGCUGGAGGAAUUGUCCAACAUUAACGAGCUCUAUGAGAAGCUGAAGACUUCUGUCGCUUCAUCAGAACAGGCAGUUUCAUCCAUCAACCUUGUCCGUACAGACAUGGUCCCUCAGCUACGCAGCACUGUGGUGGAUUUCUACAAGUGGCAGCAAAAGAAGGAGGUGACUGUUGAAGAUGAAGACAGUGGUGAGGGAACGUCCUCUCAACAGGAGUGUUCAGAGAGAGCCGAGCGCCUCGCUGACAUCAAAUCAAGAGCAUACGGACAGGCAGCAGAGGCCUCCAAAUCCCGGCGUCAUCGUCAGGUGGAGGUGGAUUUCACAAGUAACGAGGCUGGACCCUCCCACUCGUCAAGUUACACCAGAAUCUAUAAACGGUCACUCAAAGCCAGGACCAUGGAGAAUGUACAUAUCUCAGGCGACAAGUGGAAAGAUGUCACGUCGAGCUCUUACAUCCCUCGUCUCACAACACUGGACUUUAUUCCUGAAGAAAAACCAAAGAAGUGCAAAAAAUUCAAGUGGUGAUGAAGAUAACGCACGAGUCAACCGUCAUCCUGACUGAAGUUGCUGUUCAGUUUGUUUUAAAAUGUUGACAUAGCUUUUAUUAUUGCCCUUUUCCAAUUGUCUUGAAUGUCUGUGUAGUUUUAAAAAAAUCAUUUUAGUCUUUUAGUGUUUGUACCAAGCGGCAACCUCUAUGACUGUGAAGUGAAGCCAGUGUUGAAGUGCUAAAAACUGCAGUUCCUCAAACGUCCACUUG